UUCAAACAGAAGUAGCAGCCAGGCCGGCCACCCGAGAUCCCUGUAAAGCAGAGACGCCGAAGAGACUGAAUCUGGGACCUUUUCAGGGUGCAAACUUUCGAGGGAUACAGAAGAACCCGGAGGGGGAGGCGCUUUUGAUUUUCCUCCGUGCGCAAAUUCAGUUCCCAGCAGCAACUGCAGUGAUAUCUAGUCGGGAGAAAAAUACACGGGGAGGCUAGCCAGCAUUUGCUUUCUCUCCCCUGCUCCGUUGUUCCCGCCCCUUCGCCUACCGCUUCUGGUCUCCAGUGGCUGCUGCCGUUGCAAUUUCUAUACCUUCCCUUUCCCCUUCCCCUUCCGCCAUCGCCUCCAUCUCAAGCUGUGCGGCGUCGGAGCGCGGAGAGCACCUCACUCUGCCCUUCCCAAUUCCCUUUCUGUGGGAAGACUCCCAGGGCCCCAGCGCCAUGUCCCGCUACACGCGGCCUCCCAACACCUCGCUCUUCGUCCGGAACGUGGCGGACGCCACUAGGAAUGCCUCUUCUACAAUCAGGCCUACUGUGACAUAGGAAUGCAUCAUCUAAAAACAAAGAAAAAAAUGUAAAGCAGUCCACAGUGGCUGGCAAGCACCCCAAAGUUUGAAUGAACCUGGUUAGAUAGAGUCCAAGCAGGCAAGCCAAAAGACACCUUAAAGUUCAAGCUUCAAGGAAUAAAGAGGGAGGGUGGAAAAGAUAAAAAGAAAACUGGAAGAGGGGAAGUCCUUUUUCAAAGAAAAGACAAAGCCACAACACCAAGUUAAGGCUUCGGCUUUCCGACAUUUGCUCAAGUUCUAAAGUCAAAGCCAAGUCUGAUUUGGUUGGUUCUCCAGCCCUUGUCAAGUCCAUCUAGCAAGCUCUAAAGAGUAAAGGUCAAGAUCAAGUGACGUGGAGCGUCCUUAACAGACAGUCAUGUUUGAAGAUGUUCGCGAUGCAGAAGAUGCUCUUUAUAAUCUCAAUAGAAAGUGGGUAUGUGGCCGGCAAAUUGAAAUACAGUUUGCACAAGGUGAUCGCAAAACACCAGGUCAGAUGAAAUCAAAAGAGCGCCGUCAAUGUUCUCCAAUGGACUACAGAAGAUCAAGAAGCCGCAGCCGAAGGAGGACACGUAGCAGAAGUUCUUCAUGGGGUUGGAGUAGGAGGCACUCUGACAGUUUUAAAGAGUCAAGGCGUAGACGACAUUCUUACAGCCAAUCUAAGUCUCGCUCAAAAUCUCUUCCAAGGCACUCCAGCUCACCAAGGCGAUCCAUCACGCCCCAAAGAAAUUCUAGUUCUAGGGGAAGGUCACGAUCAAAGUCAACCCAGAGAAGUUCAAAAUACGCUGAAAAGUCACCAUCCAGUUCCCAUCGAAGACGUUCCAGUUCAAGAACAAAGUCGCAAUCUCAUCCAAAACGUUCGGGCUCAGCUACUAGAUCCAUGUCUAAAUCUCCUCGGAAACAUUCUAAUUCCAGUUCUCGCUCGCACUCUAGGAGUUUCUAUCAGAGAAACAGCAACCAGUCAGUAUCUGAAGAAGAUUAACACUUUUCUUUAACACAGUUUUUAUGAGCACAAAAUAAGGAGAACAAAAAUUGUCCAAAACUUAUCUGAAAUGUAUGGUAGCCGAUAAAUGAGAGGUCUUGCUAUGUGUUCUUUUGGUCCGUGCUUCGAUGUGCAGAACUCUUUUAUUUUAAAGUUUUCAGUUUAUUUUUUAAAAAGCAUUUACCUAAUCUAGAUCCUAUUCCUCUUUGAACCCAAUAAUAGUGGAUUCUAUGCCCAGCUCCCUAAGCAUAAGCAAGCUGAUGCCGGUCCCUGCGGCAAUGCAACUGCUACACAAAUCUGCUUUAUCAGAAUUAUGAUUGCCCCCUUACUCCAAGUUCUUCCAGCUGCCAGAGCCUAAUGUUUAACUUUGGACUGGCUAGAAGCUGUAGAAGCAAUUUUCCUCAGUGUUUGGGGGGGUGAUUGGGGAGGGAGACCCAUUCAGCUGUGCCCUGCUUAUCUCUCACAGAAUGGUUUUGUAGCUGUUGCAGUGCAAGCAGGAUUUGUGCUUCAAAUCUAUACCUGGAACAGGACUGAGCUGCCCAACAAGUAGUCCUUGCUCGUGGUUUUUCUGUCUCUUUUGUUGUUAUACUUAGAAUAUCCAGUUUAAAUUUGAAGUCUACCAUUCUUGUAUGUUCUUCAGAUAAUUAGGGUUUUUUGUUGGGGGGGGUAUUGUUGAGGGAGGCAUUACAGUGUGCAUGUUAAGUCUGAAAUGCCAUUUCAAAUUAAGGUGGUCUAAUUGUUUCAGAUUAGAGAAGUAUGUUAACAGGCUAGUUUGGGGAACUAUAUGUAGCAGUAGUCAGAAUUUCAUAUCUGUCUGAAUUUGUUUAUUAAAACGUAACUUAUUAAAAAAUCUAGCAAUGUAUUUCCUUUCAGGACUCCAUUUGAAAGAGUAGUAAUAACUGAUCAUAAUUAACUUGUAUCAAAAGCCUAAUCUAGAGCUCUGCAAGCACAUAAAUGUUUUUGGAUCUCAGUUUUCCCUGUCAAAUGGAUGAUUGGUGGGAGGGGUGGGGGAAGAGUGCCUGGAUAUCCUUUCCUCUCCAUAACUGAGAAGGUAUAGGCUGUAUAUGUGGAUUUCUUGAUUUGGCAAAAGGGUGAGACAGGGUAGAUUUUACCCAGGUGUAAAUAAACAGCAGAAGGAAAUGCAAGUGAAGUGGUGGAAUAGACUGUCCUCCUACAUAUGGGAGAUACCAUUUUUGAAAGCUCCCCCAUUUUUUAAAGAUGCAAAACACAAUAAAAAUAGAAAAUCGGCUCAGGCAAAUAGCUAGACUACAAUUGGCUCCUGAUGUGCUUACUUUCUAUUUGUAGGGAGUUUUUUUAACAUAAGAGAACGUUCAAAAUGUGAUGUAUCCACAAACUGAACUGGUACAGUUCAUUCUACCAAAACAUUCACCUAUAUGUGUAAGAUGCAGCCUUUGAUCUGUACAGUGGUCUCUUAACACUUGCAGAGUAGAUGGUUAUCUCAGUGUCAGCCCCUGGAUUGAGGCCAAUGCUUAUGAGAAAGCAGUCUAAUAUGCAUUGGAUUUUUAAAAAAUAUAUAAUUGGAUAUAGAAAGUCAUUUUGUGAUACUUUAAUAUAAGUUGUUAAACACAUGAUUUUCAUGUGUAGUUGUCCGUUUUUGUGAAACUCUUAAACAGUUAACUUUGUAGUGUAAAAAUCUUACUACAUUAUAUAUUUUCAAAAUAUCAUAUUAGGAGAUCAAUGUAGAAGACCCCUUCUUCGAGCAUUUUAAAGUUUUGAAUCCCUAAAACUAUUGAGUAUAAAAUAAUUAUUGUCUUGUUUAACCCAAGUAACAGAGGGUAUUCUGAAAAGAUUUUGUAUUUUGCAAUAUGUUACAUUUGCAUUGUAUAGUAAUGUUUGGGAACCUAUCAUUUGUGUUUAAGUGUUUGGUAGCUGUGAUGUUUGUUACAUGGUACAAGCACUGCAUUGUAUUAAAUUGUGGUGGCAGUAAAACCACGUUUCACUUCCUGAGUAAGUAUACAAUUUUGUGUUGGGAAUAUUACAGUUGUUUCAUAACUUAAGAUAUUAUUUUCAAUAAAACACUUG